UUGUGGCUCACACAUGUAAGCUAGCUUGCUAGCACAGUUGUUGUAACAGUUGGCCAGCCCCCUGGUCUCUCUUUGGUCAAUUCUAGCCGCUAUCUAUUUAGUAAAAUCAUUAAGAGUCAUCUCCACAGUUCUACAUUGUUUUGUCAGUAGCGGGGGGCUCCCCACUUUGUCUUUCGUCGGCACUCACAUGAAUAAUUGUUGAUAACAGAAUCAUGAAGGUGAACAAACCCACACGGGUUAAGGGCCAUGCUAAAUCUCAGAAGUGGAAGGAUGUGAGAGGCAAACGGUGCAGGCCUCCCGUCAGUUCCUCAGAGCUCAAUUCUAGUCCUGUCAUGGCCAGGGUGAUAAAGGAACACCAGGCGUCUGUGAAGAAAAAACCCACCGUCAAGAGACUAAAGAAGAAGGCAAAAUCUGUCUCUGACUCCAAGAAAAACUCUCCUCAUUCUGGAUGUAAGAAGUCUCACACACAGACUAAUGGAAGUUCAGUGUUUACAAUGGACAACGAGUCAAAUGACUCACAGGAUUGGAAGGAAUAUUCCCAGUCCAUCCAUGGGAACAGCAUGGAGACCUCAGGUAAAUCGGAAGAUGUAAGACCAGUUAGACUGGAGGGCCAGUCUCUCCAUUGCUGUGCAGAGAGAGACGAUCGACAAAACCAUGCAGUCCUUGUCAUGCAGAAGGAUCAGACCCUGUGUUUCCGUGGGAAGUGCUUUUUGACCUGUCUGUAUGGUCGGGUAGAAGUGAUGGGCUUCACCAUUGAAGAAGGCCAGGAGUCAUAUCCACUCUUCUCCCCAGCCUCACAUUGUCCACUGACCGUCAGAGCACUGGAAAGCUCUGAUCUCACCAGAGAUUUCAGAAAGGAGGCUGCACCCAUCCUCCAAAAGUAUCUGCGAUCAGCGUCACAGAAGAAGUUGCUUAAAAGGAUUACAUCAAACUCAUCUAUCAUCCUACUGGAGCCCAUGGAGACGCCUCUGACACGGUUCCUGGCAAGCUUCACAGAUCUCAGUGAAUUGUUCAGCCCCCCGAUGAGUGAACUCAUGUCAGCUGUUCUUGACACUCCACUUAAUGGUUUGGGUAUGAUUCCCCUUAUCCACACUGUUGAGGGCUUGAAUAUGUCAAAAAGCUACAGCAAUGCUCUCAACACAGUGAUCAGUGCCUGCAGAGGGGACAUGGAUGGUUGUGCAGUUGUCCUCGUAUGUGGUGCCAAGAAUGUUGGCAAGUCAACAUUUAUCCGCACCCUCAUCAACACCUUACUAAAUCACACAACUAGUGUAGAUUAUAUGGAAGGUGACCUCGGUCAAACAGAGUUCACUCCUGCUGGUUGCCUCUCGUUGUCGACGGUCAGAGAGCCACUUCUGGGUCCUCCAUUCACACAUCAGUGCACACCAGAGCACAUGAUCUAUUAUGGUCAGUCGUCAUGCGAGACGGACUUAGACCGCUACCUGGAAUCACUUAAGUCCUUAUGGCGUAGACGCUCCCAGAGCAGAGAGACUCCUGUUAUUAUCAACACCAUGGGCUGGGUCAAAGGGUUCGGAUUUCAGCUGCUAGUGGACAUGAUCCGCUUCUUCCCACUCUCACAUGUCGUCCAGCUCGGUCACAGUGGCACCACCCAGUGUCCCGCCCUCACUCCAGAGUUUCUGAGGACGGCACACGGCUUCCACACGCACCCACCUGCCCAGACCGCUCUGGACGAGUUCACAGAGAGCCACAGUCCCCCCCGAAGUUACGUUCACCUUAUUGUACAAUCAGAGUUUCAAGGAGUGGCGUCCCAAGGAACGUCGAAACACCAGCGCAGUAAUGAGCACAGAGAGCUGUCACUGCUGGCCUACUUAAGUCAGCUGCAGUCUCCAGACCCGGGACCAGUUAGACCUCUACACAGCCUCACCCCGUACCAGGUGCCCCACACAGCGGUGGCCUUAGGUGUGAUCCAUUGCGAGGUCGUGCCCAGUCACAUGUUUUAUGCUGCCAAUGCCAGUCUGGUGGGACUCUGUUGCCUGGGAGACAAAGUAACAAGCAGGGGAGGCCCAGUCCUGCUGUCACAGGCACCCAUCUGCCCAUGCGUGGGCUUUGGUGUGCUUCGAGGUGUUGACAUGGCGCGAGGUCUGUACUUUCUGCUCACGCCUGUAGACCCCUCAAUCCUUCGCAAGGUCAACUGUCUCCUCAUGGGGGCGAUAUCACUGCCUUCCUGCAUACUCACAACCCAGCCUGGCUUUGAAGGAGAGAUGCCCUAUGUCACUACAAACUACAGUUUUGAUCUCACUGGUGCAGGAAAGCUGCGAGUCUUCAAGGGGCUGAUGAGACCCAGUCAAACAGGGAUGUAAUGACGUUUUCUACACAGCAUCGGUUAAUUGCCCUUUACUCAUCCUGACCGGUGUCUCACGCCAAACCAGUCAGCGUUGGCCUUUGAAUGUACAGAACUGAGGUUGAAUCUGAAAGGUUUUUUAUCUCAAGACGGAGUCUGACGGAGCAGCCGGUAUCACAGACUCUGCAGGAGAUGGCUGCCUUCCUGUGACUGGACUUCCUCUCUGAAAACCCGGGGUGUUCUCACCAUGUCUUAAAACCUACAUUUGAUGGCGCUGUGAAGGAAUGUUCAGUGUUUCUGUCACAUGGACAGUAGUAUCAUGGACUUUGGUAGUUUAAGCUCUUAUUUGGUGUCUCUUUUUUGUAGGUGGCAUUCCAAAGCUGCAAAUGAAUACGAAAACCUGCCAGAUAUUAAAUGAAAAACAACUUUUGUUCAGACUUUGUGCUUUUCUUGCUUUCAAGUGCUUUGUUAGACCAGUGUUUAUUUGUCUCAGAGCCAUAUCCUUGUAGAUUUCAGCCAGGCUAUGGCCAUUUAAUCAGUAUGUCACAGUAUGCAGUGCAGUCCCUGAUUCAGGUGGGAGUUUGUUCAUUUGUAACAGCUGUAUUAUUGGAUAAAAUUCCCACUGCCAAGAUUUUUCAUGUUAUUUAUGCUGAAAUUUAACAAUCAAGUAAAAAAGAGGGCAGGGCAGAGUUAAGGAGGGGUCUUUCACAUGACUUUCUCUUUGAAUCUGAUGGUUCUACAAAAGAAAGAAGCCCUUUUUGUCAGUGUAUUGUGUUUUUAUGCCGGUCAAGGGUUUUACUGAAAUUGCUCUAUUUUUAUUGCUGACUUGCUCUGCUUUAACUGUUGUACAUUUGGUUUUGUGUUAAAGGGACACAACAGUGCUGCUGCACUUGCCGGUCAUUCAAGAUGUUUUGUAAAAGCAACAUGUUUACGAUUUUUUAUGUAGGCCUUUGUGGGAUAUAAAAGACAAAAGUUUAAACACAAGUUUGUUUUACUGGUGCUACAUUGUGGACCUCUAGGGGGCAGCAAAGGUAUGUUGAGAUUUUGCUCUGAACAGCAGCAGAUGCUCACUUUUACAAAGACUCAAGGGCAGGAAAACUACAAUAAAGACUGUCAAGACACUGGCCUGUAAUGCUGAAAAGCUUAAAUGUUCAUAAUACUUGAAAAACAAGACUAAUUUAAGAAAUGACUAACCUCAUCUGAACGACUUGCAUCUAGACUGACCUUCAAAUUAUCUGACUGGAAGAAUUAAAGGGGGGGGACUCGGUCGUAAACAUCC